AAAGGAAAGAAUACGAAAGAAAGAAAAUGUUAAAAGUAGAGGAAGACGGUUAGAAUAAUGGCGGGCACAAAAGUAGUGUUUCGUGACAUUUUUUUCACAAUGGCUUGAAAUUAAAUUACUUGCAAAUUGUGCAAGAAUAUCGUAAAGUAUAUUCUUGAGCUUACUUUUUCUCAAUUUCCAAUGACGGCUACCUUAGCGAACUUUACUAUCGUCACUGUGCUCGAUUCUCUUAGGUCGCCAUAUUACUGUGCCGUGCCGUGUAGUAUCGUACUGUGUCGUGGACGUUAUUACUUUCGUACCAAGGCCCUACAAAUAUGUUAAAGUAAUUCGAUAUAUCAUUGCAUUUAACGAGAAUUGAAAAUAAGAUUAGCGGAUAUGGUUUGUACAGAUUUGUUCGAUUAAUUUAUAGCAGAUGAGUGAAUCGAAGCGUCGAUUCGAUUGACAUGAGGUGCAUUUAUGGAAGACGGUCGACUGUUUAUUCCGAAAUAUAAAAUAAGAGGAGAAGAAGAUCGGUAAUUGUUAUUCUAAAGUGAUCAUACGGAUACGUGUAUCGCUCAUUUAUAAUUAUGUAUCUGCUGUACGUAUACAUAUAUUGUCAGUUUACGACCAUGUGUCCGUUUGAAAAUACAUUGAUGUAAAAGGUAAUUGUGACAAAACGUUCAUCACAAAGAAGAUUAUGUCUUGGAAAACGAAGAUUGUCUGCCGCCGACACAUCUUUUAUGGCGAGCAUCUUCGUAGAAACACACUGACCGAAGUCUCUUUUUUCGAUUCGUCCGCGUAUAGUUGGUGUGGAUGGACUUUUUAAGAGAGAAGAAAAAAGUCAAAGGGAUAUCCCUAAUUAAUUUAUCCCUGUAUCAGGGAAAACGAGGGAGUAACGGCAAGGGCGCAGCGAACACUCGAUGCACGACACUUCCUACUUAAGGAAACGGCACAAUGGCUGAGGACCGAAAUAAUUCCCAACGGUUGGUUAGGCAGGCGCACACGAUAGAACACGGUUCGUCACCGCCUCCAGUAUCGACGCUUCCAACAGGAUCAGGUGGUGGUGUCGGAACAAUCGCUAGUGCGAUAGCAACAACGGCAGGCGUUCAACGAUACGAUUCGCCACCUAGAGGUCCAAGAACGUUAUUGUUGCGCCGCGGAGAAAAUGGUUUUGGCUUCACCCUCCGUCAUUUUAUCGUUUACCCACCGGAGUCCUGUUGCAUGCUACCAGGACACGAACGAACGAGGAUAGACGAGCCGAUGGAUACGAUAUUCGUGAAACAGGUACGCGGGAAUUCGCCAGCAGCCGAAGCAGGGUUACGUACAGGGGACAGGGUCGUUUCUGUCGACGGAAGACCAACGCGCGGUGAGCAAUACGCGAAAGUAGUUCAACGUAUACAGCAGGCGGGUCCGUGGCUACGACUUCUCGUGGUCUCCAAAGAGGACGAUAUCUUGCAAAGAUAUUUCGGUGAAACUGCUCACAAUCCUGAGACCAAUCAACGACCGCGCCUUCGUUCUCCGGAGAGAAGUGGACACAGACAACGCAGGUCAGUCAGUAUGAUUCCGAGUUUGUCGCCAAGAACAAGACAGUCUUGGGUUUGUCCCGCACGAAGCUCGAUGCCGACACCUCUAUGUCAAGAGCAAGAUUCACCUCGACAGCUGAUCGACGACAGUGUAGGAAUCAUCGAUAAACAUCAGCAACAAUUGCAACGAAACAUCGCUAAAUCGAACAUUUUUGUUGGAACACUGACGAGAAUACAUGAAAAUAUCGCAAGCGCUGGCACUUUACUACCCGGUGAUCGGCAAUCGAUAGAUACGAAAAAUGGUACUUCUUCUCUGCCUUCGUCUCCUGGACCUGAAAAAAAGGUAAAUGAUAAAUUUCCGAUACUACCGCAAGGACUUCAAAUCGUAUCGAAGCGAGCGAAACAGUUCGAGUCAGGGCGAUUAUUAAGCGACGAUGAUGAACCGACUGGUGAUCGAAUCAGCCUCUAUAAAAGCGAGCUGUCGAGAUUAUCGACUAAGCAUAGCGUGCCGAACGUUGCCGUUAGAAGAAGGGAAUUUGAAUCGAAAGCCGAAGCUCAAGAACCGAGAAGAAUACCACCUGUGCCAACCAGGGAAACCAAAUCCUUGGAUAGUGGUAGCGGAUUAAAAGGCAACAGAAUAAUACCUGUAGGCAGCAAACACAUCCACUGCGAACCGCCGGGCAACUAUAACACGUUAGAAGUGUCCGUCGCACAGCUUUUAAUGUUGUGCUACUACAUUGCUCUGGCCAAGCACGAGGUUUACUUGUUUCGUAGGCAUACACGUUUUUUGUUUUGUUGUUUUCGCAUGAUUUAUAUAGAGACACCCAAUCCGAGAAUCACAGACGGGGAAACAGUACGGCCGAGGAUUCGUAGCAACAGCGCUGAAUCAUGGGAAUCUACGAGUACAAGCAAUUUGUUAAAUACCGUUAGACUUCACUGGUUUCAACGACAGGACGAUACCGAACGAAAGCGAGAUACGAACGGAAAUGACAAUAGUGUUUACGUUGAUGCAACUAAUAUAUGUGAUGGAAAGGAGAAAAUUGUCGAGAAAGGGUCUAGAAGACAACAACAGGAUGGUUACGCGCAAAUCAUCAAAGCUGAAUCUGGUGUAUUGCCAUCGGAUAAUGAUAUGCACAAUAACGAAGUUGUAUUCAGGCGGCAAAAGAAUACGCAGAUUGACGAAGAUCGUGCCACAAGAAGGGUAUCUUACUUGAAAGCAACUUGGGGCGAACGAAUUCAUGUCGACAGUGAUUUGGAACUAAGCGACUCCGAGCCCAUUACCCAUACUUCUAGAAGCAUUCAUAAGAGAUGGCGGCUACCGCUACUUCCAAACGAUAUAGCAUCGCUGCGUCGCAUCUUCGAGGAAGUGACUCAAUCGACGAGUUUAAACAAAAAUAUUAAUCGCGGCAAUUCUAUUUGUACUGGCCGGGAAGCAGCGACUGGCAUUAUAAAAGACAUCGGACAAGUGGAACGAGAGGGACCUUUACAUGUCAAAUUUACUGUACUUGAUGGCAAGCGAUCUUCCGAUCGAUCAUGGAAACAGCUAUGGGGUGUUCUUCGCGGACCGAUUCUCUUCUUUUAUAAGGAUCGUCAAAAUCAGAGUCCUUCGUUAUCCUGUGACGGUGAAAAUGUAGCUCAAAGCGUAGAUGUGAGAUGUUCCCUUGUAGAUAUCGCAGAGGAUUAUACGAAACGUAAACACGUAUUACGGUUAGCAAAUCCGAACGCAGAAGUUUUGCUACAGACCGAAGACGCAGCGUCCAUGGCGCUUUGGCUACGAGCUCUACAUGAACAUGCUGCUGCUGAAAAACCGUCCGAAAUUGCUCAUAAUAGUACUUUGAAGCAACAAGCUGUCCCGCAAACUCCAGGUCCCACCAGCAGUUCUUCAACGUGUCAAACAACCACGAAUGCUAGUCCAAUGACAAUGUCGACUGGUAGUGGUAGUGGUGGUCAGCGAUUAAGCCCCCUUCCAGGGCAUAAAGGCAUCAAGAAGUUAACUUCGUUUAGGAACAGAUCUCCGACUGGACAAUCACCGAUAAACAAGACUCGAAAACCGAGUCAAACGAUCGAUAGUUUGGUUUCUCCAAAGACCAAGACAUGGAAGGGUAGAGUCGCAAAACAAUUGCGGAGAAUGCAUGGACAAACGGGAUCUCCUUCUUCACCAACAACGCAACUACCACCAGAGGGUGCUACAUUCAAAGUACCGCUUGAACUUUGCCCACCGUCAUCUUUCUCGGAAUAUGUGCCAUUGAUCGUUGAAAUGUGCACGAGUAUUGUCGAAGCGAGGGGUCUCGAAGUAGUCGGUAUUUAUAGAGUACCCGGUAACACUGCCGCUAUUUCACAUUUAACUGACAGCGUGAACAAAGGUUUCGAAAAUAUCAAUCUCCAGGAUCCUAGAUGGAGCGAUGUAAACGUAAUAUCUUCUCUUCUGAAGUCGUUCUUUCGACAGCUCCCAGAUUCACUACUCACCGCAGAAUUAUACCCUAUGUUUAUCGAUGCCGAUAAAGUUGAGGAUCCUCAAAGAAGAAUGACAACGAUAAGGAAGUUGCUCAGGGAUCUUCCGGAACAUCACUUUGAAACUCUCAAGUAUUUGAUGUUUCAUUUAAAAAGAAUAGUCGAACAUAGCGAGGUUAAUAAGAUGGAGGCAAAGAAUUUGGCCAUCGUGUUUGGUCCUACAUUAGUUAGAGCCAGUGGUUCCAGAGACAAUAUGGUUACUAUGGUUACUGAUAUGUCGCAUCAGUGUCGAAUUGUCGAAAGCUUAUUAAACAACGUAGAUUGGUUCUUUUCGGACGAUGAUUUGGACGAUUUAAGUCGACUGAGCGUGAAUCUCAGUCUUCCAGCUGACACUAGCGAGAUCGAGACUACAACGUCGAGUAAUAAUCAUAAUCUCUUGUUGAACAACAUUCAGAAAGUCGAAGGACGCGAAAUGGCAUCCGCUAAGGACAUUGUAUCAUCUAUUAUAUCCGCUGCUAAUCGAAAAAUACAAAGAAGAAGAAAGUGUCAAGACGAGACGGAUAACGAAACUCACGAAGUCGAUAAGGUUUGGUUUUAUCUGAGGAUGAAACAAGAAGCAGAAAACCUUCAAAAUCGGCGAAGUAUGGCAUUGAACGAGAGGCAAUGUUCGGUCAGUGAGAUCGUUUUAAUGCACGAAAGUCAGAAUCAGUCGAAUCGUUCCAUCGAUCGAUGCGACCGGUCACCGACGCUCGAUCAGACUGCGAUUACUAGCGCAAGUAUCGGUAGUUCCGAUGUCAUAGCUGAUUGCACAAUUAAUAACCGUGAUUGCACGUUAAACAGUCACGAUGAUGUUUCUUCGGAGAAAUCGAACAGAUAUUUAAAUCGUAUGGUAGAGUCGGUUCCAUCAAUUCAACCGACUCAUCGCUCGGCCGUCUCGUCGGCUUCAGAGUCUUCCCGACUCUCUAGCGAGACUGGCCUGAGCUGCUUCGAUGCAAGUUCGACGCUUUCCAGCGCUUCGAACGACACGAAACAAAGCAAUGACGAGGUUACGAUAAGAACGUAUGCUGGAUUGAGCGCAUCUACUCAAGAACGUAUACGAAGAUUUGAACAGGAAACAAAGGCAAUGUUACAGAGGGAUCGGAAUCGACAAAGACGCGAAGCUGAAAGGAGAGAAGAAGAGAGGCGGAGAAUCGAAAUGGAAUGGCAAUUGGCUAAACGUGAAAUGGAAAACGACGAUCUGCUCGACAGUAUAGUAGACACAACUGUGACAACACCUACUACUUAUCUUUCAUCCACAACAAGACUUUCUAGUUUUAACGACAGGCUUGCCGAUAAAUCUUUCCUCGAUAUCGGUUCCCGAUCGACUGCUCGGAUGCCGUCUUUAUCGAUAGCUGUGCAGCAACAACCCACGCCGGUUAGACGAGUGUCGCAACUCGCAGACGAACCUGCUACGAUUCUGCCCUCGGAGAACGUCUCGAACACUAUUAUAAAGAAAUUGAAAACUGAUUCAGAGCAAUCACUGGAAAAAUCUACGACGCUACCGCCAAUUCGUUAUGGCAGUUUGGAUUCUCUGCACGAAACGCACAACAUUUCUCAGUCGUCGCUUUCACCGACCAGUCAACAACGGAAACCCCUUUCCAGUGAUGUCUCGGACGAUGGUAGCGAUUUGCUGACCAGCUUGACGACCACGUUCGAUCGUAAAUGGAAGUCCCUGGUAAACUCGUCGAAUCAAACGAUACGUGGAUCCGCUACGGAGAAUCUGUCUCUCAGCGACGAGGACGCUGCGAUAACGCGAGACUCGCAAAACUUGCGAAAUCAACGAGGAGGAGGAGGAGGAGGAGGAGGGUUACGAGAAGAGAAAGAAGAACACAAAACAGCUUGUCCUCAAUCAUGCUCGAUUGAAACCUAUCGGGAUCCGAGCCUCCAUAAAACAUCUAUUGAAAAGCAUCAAUACGUUCGUCAAAAAAAUGAUGCUCCGGAAAAGGAUACGGAUUCAUCGGUAACAGAGAAUAGCAGCGUCGAUCGACCGGAUAAUACCGAUAUGCCGGAUAAUGAUCGAAGCGCUAACGUACGAAAAAGGGUCGAACCAAAACAAGAGCAAUUGCGAUCGAGCAAGGAAACAACGACCACGGCGACGGCGACAGUUUACGAAGCAAGUUUAGCUGCGAACGAACCGCAAGAAUGCUGUAGGCACGAGAAGGAAACAUCGGUGUUAGCGCAAAAUGGUGGUAAAGCGAUCGACGAUGUGAAAGAUUUUCGACACGAUGUCGAUUCAGCGAAUUAUUCGAACAAGCUCGAAAAAUUUGAAAGUCUGACAAAUUCCGAAGUCAGGUCGCGGCUGAAAAGAUCUGAAUCUUUAAAUAAGAGAUCUGAAAAUACCACGUCCAAGUUGAAGAGGUCUGAAAGUUUGAACAAACAUUCUGUCGAGAGGCUCUCGUCCCCGACCAAUGGCAAGUUGAAACGCUCUGAAAGUUUGAACAAGCAUUCGGAGAGAUCCGAUUCUCCGAACAGUAAAUUAAAGCGAUCGGAGUCGCUGACAAAAACUGAAAAAACUGAGUGUAAUAUUAGCAAGAGACGACAAUCCGUUAGAAAAGAUAGUGCGACGAAAUUAAAACGAAAAAAUGGUAUGCCCGAACGAUCGAUCAAGCGCAGGCACACUGUAGGUGGUACUAAGGAUUUCGAUAAAGUACAUUGGUUGGAUAAUAAACUGCAAGUCGAGGCUGAGAGAGUGGUCAGAAACGAAUAUAGACCGAAGAAGAGCCAAUUGAGAACAAGUUCUCCGGAUUUAAGUACUGGUCGUAUCGGUCUUACCGAUACUAGUUUUCUCAUCGAGGUCAGUUUUCGUGGCCCGAGUAACGUCGUUUUUAACGUGACUAACGCUCGUCCACAGUCUUUACCGGAUACUAGCUUGACUUCUAAAGUGUUUAAAGUACCUCUGGAGAGUCACGUGUAACGAAUUCGACGUACAGCCUGUAAGGUAAGGGGCAACGAAGAAGAAACAGCUGGCAAAGCGUAUGAAGCGAAAAGAAAUUACCGUGAACGUCGAUAUUUCGCUUAUCGCGAGCAUCGAAACGCGACGUUUCUUUUUUUUACAUCGCAGCGUGUCAAUUAUUUACGUACCGUACUUGUAACCCGAGCGCGAUUGUGUGCAAUUUUUUGUACAUAUAACGUAUAUGUAUAUAGAUUAUAUAGUGUGUAAUUAAAAAUUAUAAUUCUGAAUGUUCUAUAAGUGGUGCGCGUAUGUGGCACCAUUUGGUGCGUAUGUAUAUUGCCCACUCUCAAUAGCGUUACAUAAUAUCGGAUUAAUAUCGGAACAAGCGUUGUAACCCAUAGAUUUUCUACUUCUUACAAUUACAGUAACCGAAUACGAUGCGAUUAUACACAUCGGCUGUGUGAUGUCGGUCAAUUUCAUCGACAUUUAUCAUCUGUCUAUACUGUUUUAGACGUAUGUAUUUCCAGAAUGGCAACGAUUCGCUAAUAUACGUUGCUCAUCUUCCCAGAACGAGUACUACUCGUUUCAUCGAUUAUAUACCCGUAUACAGACUGGAUUUGUUUGUACGUUUAACACGAACGCGAUCGAACGGUGGUAUUUCUUUUAUUUGAUCAAACGUGGUUUUAUUAUUGAACGUAAUCGAUCGAUAAGACCGUGAGAUCAUGUAAGGCAGCUUAUGAGCCUGACAAUCUUAGAUUUAUAAGAUUUUCUUAGACUUGUAAAUACUUAUAGACACGAAUGUAAGUACGUAACGAAUGAAACUGUAGACCGGCGAUAAAGCGAUAUUUAUUUUAAAUCCGUAACAAUCGUGAUACUAUUAUUUAUUGAAUAUGCGAGAUACCUGGAAUUGGAACAAGCAUGUAUUAUCUACGAGUACAUGGUAUCGAAUUUGUAAAUAAAUCUUAUAUAUUGCUAAAUUAAAAACCAAUCCAACUUGUUAA